AAAUCAGGAGUGCAUACAUUCCUGCAUGGUAAAAUACUUUCAAUAGACCCGAGUCAGAUGAGAUGGGUGUAGGACUUCAGCUCUAGCUAGUCUCAGUCUGCCUACAUAAAACUGAACUUUAGGCUGUGACAUUUCUAUAUCUAGCAAAUCAACAGUAUGCAGUAUCUUAGAGCGGACUCUGCAGACACUAAAGCAGCAGGGUUGCUGCAAAGAUGUCGUCUACUCACCCACUCUGCUGGCAUCACCAACAAGACAUGGGCAAUAGAUGACUACCUCAUUGCACACUCUGAUGUCAAGUUCAACAACAAGGUUAUCGGCUACGGAACAUCGACGAAAGUUGAAGAAGCCGAACUAUUCGGGAUAGUGUGUGCCAUAAAGAUGCCCUACACACAUUGCUCAAAUAUGGACACCGAUUCAGAGGUUGGAGACUUGGGACCGUCCUCUUUAAAUCUCGGGUCCUCAUCGAAACCGAAACUAGACGAUCGCGGUUGGUCCGUCAGUAACCCUCAGAGGUCUCUAACGGAAGUGAAACUGAAAGUACCUCUUCGUAAAUGUCGUAGUCACAGUUUUGACCCCACCCCCAGUAAUAAUUCUCUCUCGUUGACCACCAGACUGAGUGGAGCUGUGAGUUUGGAUGGAUUUGCAAAGAUUUUGAAGGAGUGUCGAAUGCUAAGCACUCUUCGUCAUCCGAAUAUCGUGCAGUUUUAUGGUGUGUGCUGGUUGGAGGAGGGAGAGGCAACAAAGGUCGCCAUCGUUAUAGAAGAAUUCAUGCUCCUCACACUCAGAGAAGUGGCCACUUCGUUCAAAGACAAGCUUGGUGAGGACAUUCCUCUGGCCAUGAAGCUCUCCCUGUUGAGUGACACUGCUCGAGGCCUCGCCUACCUACACAGCCACGCCCCCUCCAUCAUCCAUCCCGAUAUGGACGCUAGCGAUGUCAUGAUCAGCUCUGCUAUGGUGGCCAAAAUCACCGAUCUUUGCAACGCUCAGUUUGGCUCAUCAAAACAACAAGAUGUGCACGCAUUCGGACAAAUCUCGGCGUGCACUAUAGGACUGUCUCCAGAGGAGCUUAAACGACCUACAACACUGACUGGAACAGAAUCUGAACUUGUCUCAAUCCUGAUUCCAUGCUUCUCGUCCGACACCCAAUCCAGACCUCCCAUUCCGAAACUGCUUAAUCAACUGGAGCAGCUGGCCAAGCGUGUCCCGUUCCAGCUGAGCCAGAUGGGGUCCAUGAUGGUAGCCAUUAAGGAGUGGAAGAGAGAGAGGUUAACAGAGUCCCCCGAGUUCAGUGAAGCACAUCCACUGAAGCCGUCGGCGUCCAUCGAAGAGCUACUCAAAGUCAAGGACCAACAACUGAUUGAACUGCAAGUAAAGAAUUCUGAGCUUGUGGCUACAAAUCAGACGAUUGAGAGGCAGCUGGCUGAACAAGAGGAGCAGCUGCAGAGAGCAGAGCCCACUGAGAUAAAGCUCUCGGAUAUGCUGGCUGAUCUCCAUCAGGUGGUGGGGUGGCUCCUACUGGGCAUCCAUCUUGAUGUCCCUCUGUCAGAUCUACAGAAGAUACGGCAUCAGUUCAAUGAGAACGUGGAUCAGUGUAAGACGGAGAUGCUUAUCACUUAUUCCAAACUGAAGGAGCCAUCUUGGGUGGACAUUGUGGAUGCCUUGAGGAGAUCGGGAGAACGUGCACUGGCCGUGAGAUUGGCACGCAAACAUGGGGUGACAUUGACGGAGGAGGUCACAGAGUCUCAGGAGGAGGAGAGUGUUUCCGUUCUUCUACCAAACGGAACUUCUGAGGUUGAAUCGGACGUCAAAGAACUAGUCCAUUGUAUUCACUCGAAAGACAGCGAACUUCAGAGCACAAUCCAACAGCUUCAUCGAGAGCAGGCAUCAAAAGAGGACCUGGAACGAGAGCUAACUCACCUUAAAGAGAGUCUCUCAUCGAUGGAUGGCGGCGUUGGGGUCCAACAGAGCCGACAAACACUUACACAACAGCUGUUCUUGAAAGAGCGGGAGAGACACUACCUUUCUCUAGUGAGCAUGGGACAGCAAAACCAGAAGAACAAGAGUAUGCACGGCAACGAGAUCGAUGUGAUACUAGUCGAGAAAGAUAUGGAAAUUCAUCGAAUGAAAACACAGCUCAAAGAAAUUGAGUCGCAGUUUCGUAUGGAAAAAACACGAUCAGAAGAGCUGAAAACUAAACUGAUUUCGCUUGAAUCUGAGGUGACCAUUAAAGAUGCUCAUAUCGGGGAACUGGAGAAUUCUAAGAAGGAGCUGAAUAAGUAUUUAGCAGACGAGCGGCAGAGAGUGGACAUGCUACUCAUGAAGGUGGUUCCCCCUCCAUCUGUACAACCUGUCAGUCCGGUUAGCCCAGUUAUCCCUGUCCCCCCGAUCAGCCCCCCACCGGUCACUGUCAAAGAGGAGCCUGUCGUCUCUAAUAGUAGCACUGAAUUCGAACCUGUCAAAGAGGAGCCUGUCGUCUCUAAUAGUAGGACUGAAUUCGAACCUACACCUGUUAAGAACUGUUGUGUUAUAGUGUGACCUCUGACCUUAUACCCCACCCCCUAUUUUAACCUCUUCCGCUCUAUUUUUUUGUCAAAUUAAAAUAUUUUGUACUUUUGUUUUAUAAUUAUUAUUGUGUGAUAUUAUUGUUUGAAAAGUGAAGAUAUACAGUGCUUGAUCAUGAAAA